UGGCUUACUUGUAUAUUUUGAACCAUACAUACAUAUGUAUGUGUAUAUACACAUAUAUAUGUGUGCUUUUUGUGUUUGCAUUUCAACUUGAUCCCAACAAACAGAUUAUAGCUAUACCCCAAGAAAACAAUGGCGAUUUCCGAUAAUUCUCGCCAAUCUCUUCUUCCUACUUUCCUCUAUUCUACUCCUUCCUUAACCAAACGUCUCUUCAAUUUGGAACCGUCUUUGAUGAAAGCUGAACAUCGAUCGCCGUUCAUUUCAUUGGGUAAUGUAGGGGGGAGAGCGAGUAGAGUUGUGGUACCAUCGCCAAAGGAGGGAAAAAUAGAGUUGUUCUCCCCAGCUUUUUAUGCCGCGUGUACGGUUGGCGGGAUGUUGUGUUGCGGCAUUACUCACACCGCCGUCACGCCUCUCGACAUUGUCAAGUGUAAUAUGCAGAUUGAUCCAACAAAAUACAAGAACAUAACAUCAGGGUUUGGAGUAUUGGUUAAAGAACAAGGAGCUAAAGGUUUAUUCAAGGGAUGGGCACCUACACUUGUUGGUUAUAGUGCUCAAGGUGCUUUCAAAUACGGUUUCUAUGAGUUCUUCAAGAAGUACUAUUCCGAUAUCGCCGGUCCCGAGUAUGCCGCCAAAUACAAGACCCUCAUUUAUCUUGCUGGUUCUGCGUCGGCCGAGUUGAUCGCCGAUGUCGCUCUUUGCCCCAUGGAAGCUGUCAAAGUUCGUGUGCAAACUCAGCCUGGUUUCGCUCGAGGUCUAUCUGAUGGCUUACCAAAGAUCCUCAAAGCUGAAGGUGUUGCCGGGUUAUACAAAGGCCUUGUUCCUCUUUGGGGACGACAAAUUCCAUAUACAAUGAUGAAAUUUGCAUCAUUUGAAACAAUUGUUGAGCUAAUCUACAAGUAUUCUAUCCCAACACCCAAACAAGAGUGCAGCACAGCAUUACAACUAGGGGUGAGCUUUGGUGGUGGUUACAUUGCUGGUGUUUUAUGUGCUGUUGUAUCACAUCCUGCAGACAACCUUGUUUCUUUUCUCAAUAAUGCUAAAGGGGCAACUGUUGGUGAUGCGGUGAAGAAGCUAGGAGUAAUGGGUCUUUUAACUCGUGGCCUUCCUCUUCGUAUUUUCAUGAUUGGAACCCUUACUGGAACACAAUGGGGAAUCUAUGAUUCAUUCAAAGUUUUUGUUGGCCUGCCAACCACAGGUGGUGCUACUCCUACUCCUACUCCUGCCACUUCAAAGGCAUGAAAAAGUAUUGUUCUUUUCAAACAAGAUGCCUACUUUUUUUCAGUUUACAAAUUUUGCCUUUAUUGAUUGAGCAAUAAUAGGGGUUGAUCAAUGCCCACAAAAUUAGUAUUAGUUGCCACUUUCGUCUAAAUUCUAUUCUUUUGUAGACAUGAUUUAUUUGUCAAUCUUUUGAAGAUUGUAACCAAAAUUUGAAAAUGAUUAAUGAUGAUUGGAACUUUGUUUUUAAA